AUGUCUAGAAGAGCACUUAUAGUUGCACUGCUGUGCUUUAGUGCACUCAUAGCUAGUGGUGUUAGUAGAGAGUUGGUAGAGAAGAAGAAGAGUGAUGAUGUAGGAAAGGGAGAUAGUGAGAAGUGUCUUUGGGAGACUAAGGGUGGUGGGUUUGGUGGUGGAGGUGGCUUUGGUGGUGGUGGUGGUUUUGGAGGUGGAAAAGGUGGUGGUUUUGGUGGUGGGAUUGGCAAAGGUGGUGGCUUUGGAGGUGGGAUAGGUAAAGGUGGUGGCUUUGGUGGUGGGAUCGGCAAAGGUGGUGGCUUUGGCGGUGGGAUAGGCAAAGGUGGUGGUUUUGGCGGUGGGAUUGGCAAAGGCGGCGGCUUUGGUGGUGGGAUUGGCAAAGGUGGCGGCUUUGGUGGUGGGAUUAGGCAAAGGUGGUGGCUUUGGUGGUGGGAUUGGCAAAGGUGGCGGCUUUGGUGGUGGAAUUGGGAAAGGUGGUGGUAUAGGCAAAGGUGGUGGCUUUGGGAAAGGUGGUGGUAUAGGCAAAGGUGGUAG